CUAUUAUAUUUUGCUAUGGGUUUUAUGUGUAACGGACAAGUGCGUCGAAGGAAAUUAACGGAAAAUCAACUAAUAAUACUGAAGAAACUUUUGGAGAAAUACGGAAAAUAUGCUUUUCGAACAUCGCAGUUCGUUGUAUGUUUGUUUUGUUACAGUGCUGCGGACAGUGCGGAAUCACCCAUUUUGGAGGAAGCCGGCGAGAGCGGUUCUGAGCAGAAGCCUAAGCCUCUCGUCAAAUAUGGCGAGCUCGUCAUACUUGGAUACAACGGUUACCUACCCGCUGGCGAGCGCGGCCGCCGCCGGAGCAAAUUCGUGCUCUACCGGCGGCCGCAGGCCAACGGCGUGCGGCGCUCCAAGCACUACGUAGUCAAGACCCCGCACAGCAGCAAGGCCAUCCUCGACGCCAGCCAGCACUCAAUCUCGUACACGCUGAGCCGCAGCCAGGCGGUCAUCGUCGAGUACACGGAGGAUCCCGACACUGAUAUGUUCCAGAUCGGUAGGUCGUCAGAAUCGCCGAUCGACUUCGUGGUAAUGGACACAGUGGCAGGCGACAAGAGCGGCGACACGAAAGUGCUACAGAGCACCAUAUCGCGGUUCGCGUGUCGUAUCAUCGCCGACAGAGAGGACGUCAAUAACUGUCGCAUAUAUGCCGCUGGGUUCGACUCUUCUAGAAAUAUAUUCCUUGGGGAAAAAGCAACGAAAUGGACAGAGAACCACGAGAUCGACGGUCUGACGACGAACGGCGUUCUCAUGAUGCACCCGCGCGGUGACUUCUGCGGAGGCAGCGCCACCUGCGGCCCGUGGCGCGAGACUUCAGUCGGCGGCGCCGUGUUCUCGCUGAGGGAGAGUCGCUCCGCGCAGCAGAAGGGUCUCCCAUGCCAGUCAGAAAGCAACGUGCUCCGGGACGGGACUAUGAUUGACUUGUGCGGAGCCACGCUGCUAUGGAGGAGCGCCGAGGGACUCAAGAAUUCACCUACAAAACGCGACCUGGAAGCAUUAGUAGACGCACUGAACGCGGGUCGGCCACAAUGUCCUGUAGGGUUGAAUACAUUGGUGAUUCCACGCAAGCUGUCUUCAGCUCAACAGGACCUCAACCAGCCCUACGUGUACCUCAACUGCGGGCACGUGCAAGGCGAGCACUCGUGGGGCGCGGAGAGCAGCGAGACGGGACUCCGCAAGUGCCCGAUGUGCAUGGCGCCGGGGCUGGUGGUGCGCGUGUGCAUGGGCAUCGAGCCCGCCUUCUACGUGGACGCCGAGCCGCCCACCUACGCCUUCAACCCCUGCGGACACAUGGCCUCCGAGCGGACCGUCAAGUACUGGGCGAGCGUGGACAUCCCGCACGGCACGAACGGCUUCCACGCCAUCUGCCCGUUCUGCGCCGCGCCGCUGCAGGGCACGCCGGGCUACGUGCGCCUCAUCUUCCAGGACAACCUCGACUGAACGUGCCAGGUUCUGCAGCAGGCAUUAUUAAUUAUAAAUAAAAGGGCCUUUUAUUUAACAAUUAACAAGAUUAUUACGGAGUGGCCGGCAGUGACGUCAGGCCGCGAGGAAGUUAUACAUAUACGAGCGGUCACAAAGAUCAUAAAUAUGUUAACAAAUAAGUUCAAAAUGUACCUAAAGGACAAUUUCGUACAUGAACCCGAUCUCUAUCGCACGCGUAUUGUAUUGCUGUCCCGCCGAUGAUGCUGGCGGUCAAUGCCACUAAGCGAAACAGCAAUAUAAUUAUGCACGUGAAAUAGAGAUAGGAAAUGGCGGGUCGAUGUACGAAAUUCUUUGUGCGUACUUUACACAUAUUUAUGACCUCAGACCGAGCAAGGUUAUAUGCUCCUCGGUGAGUUGAGAAUGUUCUAAUGACCUUUGAAUUAUGCACUAAUACCUAAUAUCCUAUUUUUUUUAAAUGGAAUCUCACUUUUAUCUUUUUCCAUAUUUCGACAUAGCUGUAACGCAGAAGCUUUACUCAAACGAGUUGAAUAAAGACUGUUAAUAUCAAGUUAUUACUCGAUUAUAGCGCAUGGUCUUUUUCGAAACGUAUAGAGUUAGCAGUCUUUAUUAGUAAAUCGUUUCUGCAAAAAACCGCUAUACGAAUGAAUGUAAUACUGUGAAAAAUGAAGUGAUUUAAUUUGUUCACGAGACGCAAAAUAAAUAUUUAUAAUGUGUGUUACGUUUAUAAAAACGAUGUGUUGAUGGUGUCUGUAUGUUUAAUGUGUCGUUCUUAAGGUACCACUUUUUCAAGAAGGCAAGAAUGAUGCAAUUUGAAGUAGUCCGUACGAGAAAGUGCUACCUUUUGCCUGAAAACGUCACAAAUAGGUAUUAUAAAAUGUUCGGCUAAUGAAGAAUAUUUAUUUGUUAAUGUCAAGAUGUAAGAUAAUAAUGCGGAGAAAAUGCGAGAAACUACAAAAAAAGUAUUUAAUGCUUUGUAUAUUGCUGUCUUUUAUUUUAAAAUGAUUAUGAAUGGAAUAUAUAUGAAAGAUUAUAAUGGAAUAACAGUACAUCAAUAGAAGUUUUACUUGUAUUUUGAGCGUAUACCUGAGGCUGACUCUAUCGACACAUAUUCUAUUGUAUAACUGAAAUAUAUCAAUCUAUGUUAGACUGGAGACAAGUUAAGGAUAAAGAUUGCUAAUAUAAUGAAACUUAUCAUGUUAUAUGACAAAGUUGCGAAUUUCACUACAUAGUGUUAUAACCAGUGAUCGUUAAUUUUCCAGCAAUUUUGGUGCAGCAUUGUUGGUUAAAAGCACCUGUAUGCCCUACUCUAGGUGGAAUAGAUAAUUAGGGUUAAUAACAGUAAUUAACCUUAACCAAUCCUCUCCCUAGAAAAAAAUUGAAGAAAAUCCUUUAUUUUUACUAUGAUGCACCAAAAUUGCUGGAAAAUUAACGAUCACUGGUUAUAACAAAGGAAGUUUUCAGUCUAUCGUUACUGGCCUUUGGCAAAACUAACCUAUGUUAGAGUCUGUGCGGAAAGAGAAGAGUCGUGAAAUGUAUGGGGCCAUUGGGGUCCAAUACAUUCUACAACUCUUCUCUUUCCGCACAGACUCUAGUCCAUAGGAGGGUCGUAUUUUAUUUUGUUGUCGAAUUUAUAUUCGUAAGAUUUCGAUAAAAUUUGGUGGAUAUAAAUUUCCCUAUCUGCACAAUAUACGCGCAACUACACCGUAUGUCUUAAAAAAAAUAUUCCUCUAACUUACGAAAACGUAUGGUUAUGGUAUUUUCAAAACUCAACGGAAAAUUACAUAAAUUUUAGGAUUUCGUAUUUAUUCCACCCAGAAUGCUUCUCUGUUUGGCCUAAAGGUUGACUGGUAGAGAGUGCCGUGUAGCAUUAAGUCCGCCUUUUGUCACUGUAUAUUUUUUACUGUGCAAUAAAGUUUAAAUAAAUAAAUGAGCUCUUCAAAACAGCCAAAUUUUAUCCAAAUCUAACAAAAAAAAAAGCGUCAAUAUUAAAAAAUCGGCCGAUAAACGCAGCUAUGACUAUCAUUAUAUUGAUAUAACUAACUUAAGUUCUAAUUUGCUUUAUGAUUGUAAAUACUGAUUACUUUGUAAUGUUAAGUAAUUUAUGUUUUGUAGUGUGGGUUGCUUGUAUACCUAAGAGCCAUAGCGGUAGCAUAGGCCAUAGUGUGAAGUAUGGAACCGUGCACACACAGUGGUCUCAUUUACAGGUUAAACUUAGAUAUUUCGUCGGUUUACAACCAAAACUUGUAUAUAGAUGUUCAAUUGAUACUAUGAUACUUGGUUUUAAUAGGUAUUUAAUUUGUUUAUGGACCAAUUGAUCAAUCAAUACUAAAAAAAUCUAAAUAUGUUGCUCGCGAGGAAUCGGAAGAAUUUAAAUAUAGUAAAAAAAUUACUGGAUUCAUCUGAGAUUUAGACAUAAUUCUUUUGAAAACAUUUUUUAUCAUGACUCCGCCGUGCAAAACGUAAAUUCAUAAAGUAUAGAGCUUUUACAGGGAUUUUUCCUCUACUUAAAAUAAAUUAUUUCACACCAUGCACGAAAUAAAACACCAGAUAAUUAUUAGUAAAACAUAGAACGUCAGUUAUUUUUAAACACAACUUAUAUUUAAUAAAUCGGGUUGAAAUAUAAAAAGUAGUUGAGUUGACCGUGACGUCACUAUACUCGUUUUCAUAUAAAUUCCAUAUUAGCAAAUCGUUUUGACAGUUCUAAAAAAGAAGCUGAUUUGACUAGUAGAAAAGUAGCUUAUUGUCUCUCCCUAUUACUCGAAUAAGGCAAGAGCGACAUAGAUACCAUCUUCAAAUUUCGACGUUCUGUCAUACCUACUAUGUAUUUGUUUUCCGUUUACGUAUGGGUAUUGGUCAUUAGUAUUGUCAUAAUGUUAGUAAAUAAUUCUAAUCAGGUAUUUGGUUGUAAACUGGCGAUAUGACGGUUAUCACACGAGUGAUUAGACAUGCCAUUUAUGUAGUAAAUGUAAUGUAAGUCCCGAACCUGCUGGCACACGAUUCAACUAUCGCUUUUUGUGUUAAAAAGUCUCUUUAGUUGCGUCCGAUGUUAUUUUGGACUGUUUUCGAAUUGACUAUAUCUGACGAAAUAGAAGUAGCUUUUUUGAACGUAGUUUCUGAUCUAAGCUGGUUGUUUAUUAUAGAUGUUUGUCAGGUAAGCGGAAAACGUAACCAACUCUAAAAUGUUUAGUUAUAUUCUCAUUUGUCGACAGUGGGAAAUAAUGGGUCAAAAAAGUCCCUCUCACAACUAGGAAGGAAUCAUUAUUUGUUACGAUUGGGGACAAAUGGGAAAAGGUUAAAGUUUCUAGUUUUCUUACAAAUGUCUAUCGUAUUCAACUAGUAUUAAAGGCUUCGUUACAUCUAAUGCAAGAUGCAGUGCGGUGUGUUGUAGUGCAAUUAUUGGAUUUAAUGAAAGAGAGUCAAGGGACAGAAGUCAUUUUCGACUUUAUUUCUUUGACAUUAAGGUUCAAAAGUGAAAACUCUUCACUCGUCGACUUCAUGUAGAGUCAGAUACAGAGAGAAGUAUCCACCUGCGUAUAAACUUUGAAAGGGUGGGUAUCGCACUCUUAGGCUGAAUGUACCGCACCGCACAACACAUUAGGUGUGACUUGGUCGUAUGUAGCGUAGGUGUAUGUUCUAUAAACCCUGUCCUCAGGAGUGUUGUAAAAAUAAUGUAAGUUUGUAAACGUAGCGAUUAUAAGCUUACGAUACUAUGAAAUUUAGUUUUUGUACAAUUUGAAUUCACUAGUUAGUGGUUACACUUAAUAUUGCCUUUCGAGUCGACAAAGUGCAAGACGGAUUUAAGGAUUAUUCAUGUGUUACAAAGAUAAUUCUUAUUUAAUUAAUUAAUGCAAGUAAGUGCACGUAAUAUUAUAUUUGUUUAAGAUAACCCUUGGGCUGACACGUCAAUGCAUUUUAACAAGUCUGUGACGUUUGAAGGGUUAACGUUCAAGUCGGGUAAGAUAUCAAAUCGUUUAAUAUUCGAAUACGUAGGUAGUUACAGUGUAGAUCCAACAUGAGUUAUAUCGCUUAACACCCGUAGUAUAGCGAUUAUGAGUAACCCGAUAAGACCUGCGCUUUCUUACCUUCUAUUGUAACUCAAAUGGCGGUUCAAACCGAAAGGGAUCUUAGAACGAUACGCUACUAAUAAUAUUUUCACCAAAAUAAAUGGCACUGCUAUUGCCACGUUUGAAAAAAAAAAUGCAUUUAUGCCGAAAGAAUUGGGGUAAUACAGUAACUUUAUAAAUACGCAGGACGUAAGUUAUACUGAUAUUCGAAUGAUUCUGUUCGCUCUAGAUACAACUAGUACUGAAGGCUUGUAAUUGUGUCUUGCUUAUGCGACUUAAGGUCCCUUUUGUUUUGAACUGCCACAAAUAGCUACGGUAUAUGUUGUGACAAUACUGCGCGUUGACGCGCCCGCAUUGUUUAGAUGGUUAUGGAGAGUAGUGACGCUUACUGACUGCACUUCACUAUGAAGCCUGUAGCGCCCCGUUACGAGAAAAUCUUUAAAUCAUUUGAUUGAUUUAUCAUAAUUAUCAUAUACAAAAAUAUAUUUUUCAAAAUGAAUGUACCUAUAGCAAUCUGAAGGGGCCCACUGAUUACCAGUCCGCCGGACGAUAUCGGCCUGUCAGUUAAACGCAAAAUUUGACAGACAGCCCCGAACAACUGACAGGGUGAUAUCGUCCGGCGAACUGGUAAUCUGUGGGCCCCUUAAGUAGAUACAUUUUGGAAAAUACUACCACUUGUAUUUUUAACACAUUCAGGGCCAAGAACCCGACUGUCGGAUACAAUGUUCGCAGCGACUGCGUGCUACAUACGGCAAAGUCGUGGCUACGCGCUACUAGCUUAGUGGCAAUGAAUGUGUUAAGAAAUUGAGUUCAGCCUAAGGGCUGAUUUAGAUGAUGCGAGAACUCGCAUGCGAGUUUCAUUACAUUGCGGGUUUUGAUGGGUCGGUUGAAUUGGACGUAACCAACAGUCCGCAAUGUAACUAAAAUCGCAUGCGAGUUCGCGCUCCGUCUAAAUCAGCCCUAAUAGUUGAUAAAGGGCAUAAGUACAUCUGAAAGGGUCGCCACACGAAACACCGAGGCUUCAGUGAAGUGCACAAAUUACUAAAUCGUUCUAACAUUACUGUACUAGUGGUAAUAAGAACUGAAUGCUAGCCUUAAUUUUAUUUAUAAUAAGUGCUAGGAUAAUAAUAAAUCGCUCUUUUGAGUUAGAAAAUUGA